GUUGGACUAUUUGCCGUAUAUUUGAAAACUUCAAUAUACGAAGGAAUGAAAAUUAUCCAGAGCAUUAUAUUCAAUACAGAAAUCAACGACAGUGUCCUGAAUAAAUCUUACAAUAUACGGAAAAUGGCAAACAAUGGUAAGCACCCAAGAUUCACUUCAACUGCUGCAAUACUUAAACACGAUGGGGAGAAAACAGAACAUACACAGUCUGAAACUUUUACAAAAAAGCAUGGACUUUCUCUUGAAAGCCCAAUACGUUUACAGCAACUCAUAGAGAUUAAUAAGAAUAUAUAUACUUACGAUGUCAAAGAGAAACAAUUAAGCGAUAAGUUUCUGCUUAGGUUAAAUGGUUCCUUUGAAGACAGACGUAUAAAAGGGCAACGUUUCGAUAGCUGCAGUGGUCUAAUCUCCGACAUUAAGCUACGACACGAUAUCAAGUAUUUUGUGUUUCAAUACAGUUAUGAACCAUCACCUAUAGAUGUCACAUUAUUAUCGCAUCUUACUCUUAACAGAGGUAUACAUAGAAUUGCGAAGAUUCUUGGGCAAUGGCCUGG